AUGGGCUCCGAGCAGCCCAGUCCAAGUGUCAAAAGGAAGUUGGCCAAGAGAACCGAGAACUUGCUGCCACAGCUUUCUCAGGUAGUGAGCUCUAAACCACUGUGGCAGCAGACUUAUCCUACAUUCCAUCUGGGCAGUGAACAGAAAGAUGACCAGUCAGAUGGGUUUGGUGUGAAAAAUGAGUGUUCCCCUGACGAAUAUUUGAAGGAGCGGUACAAGACACAGAGGUCUAGAGUGGAUAAUAGAAAUGCUGGACCAUCAACCUCUGCACUGCAAAGCAGCAGUCAUCUGAACAGAAAACAGCAUCUCCGAAAGGCUCUGGUUGAUAUUAUACUACAGGCAGGCUUUACUGAAGAACAGCAUUCAUCCCUUGAUGGAACCCAGCUUCCACAAGCAGAGUCUUCUACAGCAAUAGAGAAAGAUAUUUUGAAAUACUACCAUUAUAUUUGCCAUGGAAUUGACACAGCUAACAUGGUCCCAAUGGGUGAAUCCUGGCUAGACCACAUCUUAGCCUUAAUUCCACAACAUCUGAAAGAACUUGUUGAAAGCACACGUCAGCUGAUUGAGGAAGUGAGAGAAGACUACCUUACAACUUUGCGAAAGGCUAUAGUUGACCAUGUUUUCAGAGACACCAGGGAAAAAGAUGAAGACAAGGAGGAUGAUUUUAUUCCACCUCAUCGUGCAGAAAUGCAACUAGUGCCAAAACCUUGGAACAAGUCUUUCUUGUCAGCACGCUGUUACAUCAAAAGAAAUUUGCAUGCAAUAAAUCCUUCAAUGCUUGCUGUUCUGAACUUAUGGGAGACUUCUUUUAAAAAUUUACGUCUUCUUGCUACAGAAAUAUUUCACAAUAAACAAGAAGCUGAGGAACUCUGUUUUUUCCAGAAUGCAGUCAUGAGGGAAAUUGGAAAAUCCAGAGUGAUUCUACAUACUAAGUGGUUUCCAGAAGUGCAGAAAAUCUUUCAGCAAGGUGUGAAACGAAAACAAGUCCCCAGCAAUGCCAGCAUCCCAAAGUCAGCAUCUUUCUUUGCUUGUGCUGCCACUUUAAUGACUCGUCAGCUGCAGGAGUUACUUCUGCAUUCAGUUCAGGACUUCACAGAUUUAAUUGUUCCACCUGCAAAAUCAGUCCAAGUCUGCAAACACCCAGGUUUCAUCCUGAGAUUAAUCCUUGAGAAUGACAGCAUCAAAUUUGAACCUGAAUUCAGUGACUACAAGGAUGUAUUACUGGGUGUUUAUGCUGUUAUGAUUCAAGCUGUCAGUGAUAUACCGAGAGUUGAGACCAGGCUGUUUCCUGAGUGGCCAAAAGACAAGUCCUCAUCAACUGUCUUGAAACCUGUUAUCCUUGAUGAGAUCUUGGAUGAACAUACGAAAAGGAUCAGAGAAGAAGUUGCUAGAGAAAGUGCUGCACCUAUGGAACAUCUCAAGCUGUAUGACAAGUACAGCUUCCUAAUAAGCAAACAAGCUGAGCAAGAUAUUGAAAAGUUCCUGACAGAGGAACACACCUUUGAAGAAAUGAAAAGGGAAAUCACAAAGUACAAGGAACUUGCUGAGGAAAUAAAAUAUACUUCUAGGAAAUAUGUCCCUCUAGGAAUGUUUGAAUUGCACUGUGAUGAAUUAAUGAGGACUUUGGUACAGCGAGCAGAUAAUAUUUGUCAAAAAAUUAUUUCAAAGAUGUUCGAAGAUCAUCAAGACAUAAAUAUGAGACUAUGUCAUGAAUUUGAAACCAUAUCAGAAAAAGCCUCUACUACUCCGUGUAAUACACAAGAACUCAAGGAACUUAAGGCCUGUGUGCAGAAAUUGGAAACCUCUGACAUGCUUGAGCUGGAGCAGAAAGUAGUGGAUGUGGCAGCUCGUGUUGCUUUCCUGUUGGGAUGUGUCAAAAUGUCACCAGCAGACAUUCAGCUGAACAGCAAUGUUUUUCAGUGGUAUGCACGAAUGCCAGAUAUCUUUGAAGAGCACAGAAGGAUGAUUAAAGAAAAAACAGAUGAAUUUCAAGAGGAUCUUAAGACACGCUGUGAAAGAUUUGUUGAGGAUCUGCAAAGCUACUCUAAGCAAGUUGAAAGACUUGAUGCAUUUGGAGAUAUUCAAGAAGUCAGCAGCUAUUUGAAGGAAGCUCAGGCAUUAAAUACAAAAUUGGAUCUUGCUGCUGAUAAGAUUGAUCAGUUCAAUCUAGAAGAAGAGUUCUUUGGCUGGCCAGUAUCUGAGUACCCUCAGCAUAAAACCAUCCGGAAUACUCUUGCUCCAUAUCUUCAGCUCUAUGAGACGACUGUGGAAUUUCUCAGAAAACACAGAGACUGGACAGAGGGACCAUUCACAGAAGUGAAUCCAGACAAAGUAGAGGCAGAUGUAGGAAACUACUGCCACGGACUGUAUAAACUAGAAAAAACCUUCCGCAAUUCUCCAAAUGCGUUAGCCAUAACAGGACAAGUUAAAGCAAAAGCAGAGGAAUUCAGGUGCCACAUUCCUCUAAUCCAGGUGAUUUGCAAUCCUGGUUUGCAAGAGAGGCACUGGGAAGAGAUGUCGAAAAUUGCUGGCUUACCACUGGCUCCUUCUGAAGACUCAACUGUCUUGUCAUACAUUAACUUGCAUCUUGACCCGUUCCUAGAAAAGUUUGAGACUAUCAGUGAAUCAGCCAACAAAGAGCAUUCUCUGGAGAAAGCCUUAAUGAAAAUGAUUGCUGAAUGGGAUCAAAUGGAGUUCACUCUUCUUGCCUAUAAGAAAACAGGAACCCAAAUUUUGUCAUCUGUAGAGGAGAUUCAGAUAUUGCUAGAUGACCACAUUGUCAAAACUCAGACGAUGAGAGGAUCUCCAUUCAUUAAACAUUAUGAAAAGAGAAUAAGGGAAUGGGAAGGGAACUUGUUGUUGGUACAGGACAUUGUGGAUGAAUGGCUGAAGGUUCAGGCUACCUGGCUUUAUUUGGAGCCAAUUUUCAGUUCUCCUGACAUCAUGGCUCAAAUGCCUGAGGAAAGCAGACGAUUCAAUACAGUAGUCAAGACAUGGAAAGACUUAAUUCAAUCAGUUUUGCAGGACAAACAUGUGUUGGCAGUGGUAAAAAUAGACAAGAUGUUGGGAAAACUGAAGAAGUGCAAUGAAUUUUUGGAGCUAAUUCUCAAGGGACUUAAUGAAUACCUAGAGAAGAAGCGCCUCUUCUUUCCCAGAUUCUUUUUCUUAUCUAAUGAUGAGCUCCUUGAGAUUCUGUCAGAGACUAAAGACCCUACUCGAGUACAACCUCACUUGAAAAAGUGUUUUGAGGGAAUUGCCAGAGUGGAAUUUACUGAUGUCUUAGAUAUUACACACAUGAAAAGUAAUGAAGGAGAGACUGUGGCACUCAUAGAGACAAUCUCGACAUCAGAAGCUAGAGGUCAAGUUGAAAAAUGGCUGCUUGAGCUGGAGGCAGCUAUGCUGAAGUCUAUUCACAAGGUCAUUGGCGAUGCGAUUGAAGCUUAUCCAAAAACUCCACGUGUAAACUGGGUGAGAGAGUGGCCUGGACAAACAGUUCUGUGUGUAUCCCAAACUUUCUGGACAAUGCAAGUGCAGAUGUCUAUUAGAAAUGGUCAAAGGGCACUUGAGGAUUUUUUGGAGCAGAAUAACAAACAGAUUGAGGACAUUGUCACCUUGGUGCGAGGAAAGCUGUCUAAGCAAAAUCGAGUGACUCUGGGAGCACUUGUUGUGCUGGACGUUCAUGCUAGGGAUGUUCUUGCAUCUCUAAUAACCAAGGAAGUCAAAGAUGAAAGUGAUUUUGAAUGGUUAAGUCAACUUAGGUACUACUGGGAGGAUGGACAACUGGAAACAAAGAUGAUCAAUGCUGGGCUGAGGUAUGGGUAUGAAUAUCUUGGCAAUACUCCAAGGCUGGUUAUUACCCCACUCACAGACAGAUGCUACAGAACCCUGUUUGGUGCAUUAAACCUACAUCUUGGAGGUGCCGCUGAAGGUCCUGCUGGAACUGGAAAAACAGAAACUACCAAAGAUUUAGCAAAGGCUUUAGCUAAACAGUGUGUGGUUUUCAAUUGUUCCGAUGGAUUGGAUUACCUUGCCUUAGGAAAAUUUUUUAAGGGUUUAUUGUCUUCUGGAGCAUGGGCUUGCUUUGAUGAAUUCAACAGGAUUGAUUUGGAAGUACUCUCUGUGGUUGCUCAGCAGAUUUUUACUAUCCAAAGAGGCAUUAAUUCUGGAUCUGACCUAUUAGUAUUUGAAGGAACUGAACUGAAACUGAAUCCUACAUGUGCUGUCUUCAUUACCAUGAAUCCUGGUUAUGCUGGCCGUUCAGAGCUGCCUGAUAAUCUGAAGGCUCUCUUCAGACCGGUAGCUAUGAUGGUUCCUGACUAUGCCAUGAUUGCAGAGAUUGUUCUGUAUUCCUGUGGGUUCGUUACUGCUCGACCUCUGUCUGUGAAGAUUGUAGCUACCUACCGGCUGUGCUCAGAGCAGCUGUCUUCUCAGCACCACUAUGAUUAUGGCAUGAGAGCUGUGAAGUCAGUGCUCACUGCUGCCGGCAACCUGAAGCUGAAAUAUCCAGCGGAAGAUGAAGAAAUUUUGCUGCUUAGAUCCAUUACUGAUGUCAACCUGCCGAAAUUCUUGUCUCAUGAUAUUCCACUUUUUGAGGGUAUUACUUCUGACUUGUUUCCUGGCGUGAAGCUACCAAAACCAGACUACAAUGACCUAUUGGAUGCCAUCAGGAAAAACUGUGAUGCUCUGAAUUUGCAAAUGACCGAUGCCUUUACCAAGAAGAUCCUGCAGCUCUAUGAGAUGAUGAUUGUGCGCCAUGGCUUUAUGAUAGUUGGAGAGCCUUUUGGGGGAAAAACAUCUGCUUACCGAGUUCUGGCAGGAGCACUGGGAGACAUGUGUGAGAAGGGGGUGAUGGAAGAAAACAAAGUUCAGAUCACUGUUCUAAAUCCCAAAUCCAUAACAAUGGGUCAGCUGUAUGGACAAUUUGAUCCAGUCUCACAUGAAUGGUCAGAUGGCAUUCUAGCAGUGAGCUUCAGAGCAUUUGCUUCUUCCCCAACCCCAGAUAGAAAAUGGCUGGUGUUUGAUGGACCAGUGGAUGCAGUGUGGAUUGAGAAUAUGAAUACUGUGCUUGAUGAUAAUAAAAAGUUGUGCCUCAUGAGUGGAGAGAUCAUCACAAUGUCACAGCAGAUGAGCCUCAUUUUUGAACCAAUGGAUUUAGAAGUUGCUUCUCCUGCUACUGUUUCCAGGUGUGGUAUGAUCUAUAUGGAGCCCCAUAUGUUAGGCUGGAGACCAUUAAUGAUGUCUUGGCUAAAUACAAUGCACUCAGGAGUCAGCUCUGUUCAUAAAGAAUUUAUAACAGGCCUGUUUGACAGAAUGGUUCCACUCUGUCUUGAGUUUAUCAGGAAACACACAAAGGAGCUGUCUCCUACUUCAGAUACAAACUUAAUUCGGUCCCUAAUGAAUCUGAUGGACUGCAUGAUGGAUGAAUUUGCAGAUGAAGAUAAAGUUAAAACUAUGAAGGACGAUGACAUUUUCUCUUGGCUUGAGGGUAUGUUUUUGUUUUCACUGGUAUGGUCUGUGGGAGCUACCUGCAAGGGAGACGAUCGACUGAAAUUUGACAGAGUCCUGCGAGAAAUGCUUAAUGGAUCCAUUAGUGAGGAGACAAGAGAGCAGUACAAGUUGUUGGGCAGUAUUGAUCAGCUGCUUUCUACAGCUUUCACAGUCCCCUUUCCAGCAGAAGGAACAAUUUAUGAUUAUAGGUUUGUGAAAAAGGGAGCAGGAAUGUGGGAACCCUGGGUGGAAACACUCAAAUCAGCUCCUCCUAUACCUGAUGAUAUGAUGUUUAAUGAAAUAAUUGUACCAACUCUGGAUACUGUUCGAUACAUGGCGCUGAUGGAACUGCUGACAGUGCAUCAAAAGCCUUCUAUAUUCGUGGGGCCAACAGGAACUGGAAAAAGUACCUAUAUUACUAAUUUUCUUUUAAACAAUCUAAAUAAAGAAGUCUACAAGCCACUGCUCAUUAACUUUUCAGCACAGACUACUGCAGCUCAGAUUCAGAAUAUUAUAAUGUCUAAGUUGGAUAAAAGGAGAAAAGGUGUUUUUGGACCUCCUCUUGGGCAGCGAAUGGUAGUAUUUGUAGAUGAUGUUAAUAUGCCAGCACGAGAGGUCUAUGGUGCUCAGCCCCCUGUUGAAUUACUACGGCAGUGGUUAGAUCACUGGAAUUGGUAUGACCUUAAGGACUGCUCAAUGAUUAAACUUGUAGAUGUUCAGAUGAUGUGUGCCAUGGGACCACCAGGUGGUGGUCGGAACCCAGUAACACCUCGAUUCUUGCGACAUUUCAACACAGUUACUAUCAAUGAGUUUGAUGAUGAGUCCAUGUACACAAUUUUCUCUAGAAUCUUAGACUGGCAUCUGACAGUACGUUAUAAUUUCCCACCCCGGUAUGUAGAACUGACUCCACAAAUUAUUAAUGGCACCAUGCAUAUGUACAAAGAAGCAAUGAAGAAUCUGCUUCCCACUCCAGCCAAGUCUCACUACCUGUUCAAUCUCCGUGACUUCUCACGUGUUAUCCAAGGUGUUUGCCUGUCAAGGCCUGAAACAACGGAAUCUACAGGCAUGAUAAAACGUCUCUGGGUUCAUGAGGUUCUUAGAGUGUAUUAUGAUCGAUUGGUGGAUCAUUCUGACCAGGCUUGGCUUGUUGGAUUCAUCCAAGAAGUGGUGAAGCAUGACUUACAUGAAGACUUCCAUGAACUGUUCCAGAAUCUGGACUUCAACAAUGAUGGCAAAGUAGAAGAAGAUGACUUACGCAGCCUAAUGUUUUGUGAUUUUCAUGACCCUAGGAGAGAUGACACUAACUACAGGGAGAUUAGCGACGUGGACCAGUUGCGAUUGGUUGUAGAGAGUUACCUUGAGGAGUUUAAUAACGUGAGCAAGAAGCCCAUGCAGCUUGUUCUGUUCCGCUUUGCCAUAGAACACAUCUGUAGGAUCUCCCGCAUCCUGAAGCAGCCUCGCAGCCAUGCCCUCCUGGUGGGUGUUGGAGGCAGUGGUCGGCAGUCCCUGACUCGCUUAGCAGCCCACAUGGCUGAAUACAACCUUUUCCAGGUUGAAAUGACUCGAAGUUAUGGUACCAGUGAGUGGCACGAAGACUUGAAAGGCAUCCUAAGGAAAUCCACCGAAGGGGAAACGCAGGGAGUUUUCCUGUUCACCGACACACAGAUGAAAAAGGAAUCUUUCUUAGAGGACAUCAACAACUUGCUCAAUGCAGGUGAAGUGCCAAACCUCUUUGAAUUUGAUGAGAGAGAAGAAAUUUGUGAGCAAAUGCGCCAAAUAGAUCGUCAGCGGGACAAGACGAAGAGGACAGAUGGCAGCCCUAUAGCUCUGUUUAACAUGUUCGUGGGGCGUUGUCGAGACCAGCUGCACAUUGUGCUGGCCAUGAGUCCCAUUGGAGAUGCCUUCCGGAAUCGCCUUCGGAAAUUUCCGGCUCUUGUCAACUGCUGCACUCUGGACUGGUUCCAGACAUGGCCUGAAGACGCAUUGGAAGCUGUCGCCUCUCGCUUCUUGGAAGAUGUUGAAAUGUCAGAAGAGACUCGAAGUGGCUGUAUUGAUAUGUGUAAAAGCUUUCAUACAUCUACCAUUGCUUUAUCUGAUUUAUACCAUGCAGAGCUUCACAGACACAACUAUGUUACACCUACUUCAUACUUGGAACUGAUCUCCACUUUUAAAAGUCUGCUUGGAAAAAAACGCACAAAGGUGAUGAAAAUGAAAAAAAGAUAUGAGGUUGGCUUGGAGAAACUGCACUCUGCUGCAUCUGAAGUAGCCUUGAUGCAGUCUGAGCUGGAGGCUCUGGAGCCUCAGUUACGCGAAGCCAGCAUGCAGGUUGAUGAGAUGAUGGAUGUUACGCAGAAGGAAUCUCUGGAAGUUGCCAAAACUGAGAAAGUCGUGAAAGCUGACGAAGCUAUGGCAAAUGAGCAGGCUAUGGCUGCAAAAGCCAUCAAAGAUGAGUGUGAUGCUGAGUUGGCAGAAGCCAUGCCUUCUCUAGAAAGUGCUCUGGCUGCCCUUGAUACUCUCACUGCACAGGAUAUUACAGUGGUUAAGUCCAUGAACAGUCCUCCUGCUGGUGUCAAGCUUGUAAUGGAAGCUGUAUGCAUCCUUAAAGGUGUCAAAGCAGAUAGGAUUCCAGAUCCGGCAGGGUCUGGAAAGAAAAUUGAGGAUUUCUGGGGUCCUGCUAAGAGACUUCUGGGUGACAGAAGAUUUCUUCAGUCUCUUCAUGAGUAUGACAAGGAUGACAUUCCCCCAGCUUACAUGACUAUCAUCAGAAAACGAUAUCUUACAAAUCCUGAGUUUGUACCAGACAAGAUUCGAAAUGCUUCCACGGCAGCAGAGGGGCUGUGCAAGUGGGUCAUAGCCUUGGAGUUUUAUGAUACGGUGACAAAAAAUGUUGCACCAAAAAAGCUGAAGCUGAAUCAAGCUGUAGAAGAAUUAAAUAUUGCUAUGGAUAGUCUAAGAAAGAAACAAGCAGACCUGAAGGAGGUUCAAGAUAAAUUGGCAGUGCUCCAGCAGACACUGGAAUCCAAGAAACUGGAGAAGGCUGACUUGGAAAAGCAGGUUGACUUAUGCAGAAAAAAACUCCAGCGAGCAGAGCAAUUGAUCGGUGGCCUUGGGGGUGAAAAAACUCGCUGGGAGGAGACUGCUUUGGACCUGGGAAGGCAGUAUAGCAACCUGACUGGAGAUAUACUCCUUUCAUCAGGAAUCAUAGCUUACCUGGGAGCCUUUACAUCCAGCUACAGACAAAUGCAAACUAAAGAGUGGGCAUCACUAUGUAAAGCAAAAGGCAUUCCUUGUUCUGAUGACUUCUCCUUAACAAGUACCCUGGGAGAACCAGUGGAGAUCAGAGCUUGGAAUAUUGCUGGUCUACCUUCGGACACGUUCUCUAUUGAUAAUGGAAUCAUUAUCUCUAAUGCAAGAAGAUGGCCUCUGAUGAUAGAUCCUCAAGGUCAAGCAAACAAAUGGAUAAAGAACAUGGAAAAAACCAAUAGUUUGCAUAUAAUUAAACUCAGCGACUCUCAGUUUGUUACAACACUGCAGAAUUGCAUUCAGUUUGGGAGCCCUGUGCUGUUGGAGAAUAUUGGAGAAGAACUUGAUCCUGUCCUGGAGCCACUUCUGCUCAAGCAGACAUUUAAGCAGUCAGGCAGUAUAUGCAUUUGCCUGGGAGACUCCACUAUCGAGUAUGCUCCUGAAUUCCGCUUUUACAUCACAACGAAACUGAGAAAUCCACAUUAUCUUCCUGAAACAUCUGUUAAGGUUACAUUAUUGAACUUCAUGAUAACUUCAGAAGGAAUGCAGGAUCAGCUUCUUGGAAUUGUAGUUGCACGAGAAAGGCCAGAUCUUGAAGAAGAAAAACAAGCCCUCAUCCUUCAAGGGGCUGAAAAUAAAAAGCAGCUAAAAGAAAUAGAAGACAAGAUUUUAGAAGUUCUUUCAGCUUCAGAAGGAAAUAUUUUGGAGGAUGAAACUGCUGUCCAGAUAUUGUCUUCUUCCAAAGCUCUGGCUAAUGAGAUUUCUGAGAAGCAAGCUGUGGCUGAAGAGACAGAAAAGAAGAUUGAUGCUACUCGUCUGGGCUAUGGUCCUGUUGCUGUCCACUCAUCAAUCUUGUUUUUUUCUAUUGCUGAUCUGGCCAACAUUGAGCCCAUGUACCAGUACUCACUGGUCUGGUUCAUCAACCUGUUCAUCAUGUCUAUAAAUAAUUCAGAGCGAUCGGAGGAUUUACAAACAAGGUUGAAGAUUCUCAAGGAUCAUUUUACUUACUCACUUUAUGUCAACGUCUGUCGCUCCCUCUUUGAAAAAGACAAGCUGCUCUUCUCUUUUUGUCUAACUGCAAAUCUCCUGAAACAUGAAAGGCUGAUCAAUGAAGAUGAGUGGAAAUUUCUGUUGACUGGAGGCAUAGGUUUGGACAAUCCCUUUCCUAAUCCUUGUACCUGGCUUCCUUCAAAGUCAUGGGAUGAAAUUUGUCGGCUACAAGAUUUGCCCUGCUUCAAAAACAUUCGUGAGGGUUUUACACAACUGAAGGAUGGGUGGAAAGUGGUAUAUGACAGCUUGGAUCCACAGCAUGAGGAGUUUCCUGCAGAGUGGCAAGACAAGUUGGAGGAGUUCCAAAGGAUGCUUAUCAUUCGCUGCCUGAGACCUGACAAAAUAGUACCAAUGGUGCAGGAAUUUAUUGUUCACAACCUGGGCCGUCUGUUCAUUGAGCCACCUCCGUUUGACUUGUCAAAAACCUUUGCUGAUAGCCACUGUUGUGCACCGCUGAUCUUUGUGCUUUCUCCUGGGGCUGACCCCAUGGCAGCACUUAUGAAGUUUGCUGAUGAUCAGGGAUAUGGUGGUGCAAAGAUUAGUUCUCUGUCACUUGGUCAAGGCCAAGGCCCCAUAGCCAUGAAGAUGAUAGAGAAGGCAGUGAAGGAUGGGACAUGGAUCGUUCUGCAAAACUGUCACCUAGCCAGUUCAUGGAUGCCAACACUGGAAAGAGUCUGUGAGGAGCUGAAUCCUGAAGCCACACAUCCUGACUUCCGGAUGUGGCUCACCAGUUACCCCUCUGCCACCUUCCCUGUGUCUGUGCUUCAGAAUGGCGUGAAGAUGACCAAUGAGGCACCAAAAGGUUUAAGAGCCAACAUCCUUCGUUCCUACCUGAUGGAUCCAAUAGCUGAUCCUGACUUUUUCAGCAGCUGCACAAAGCCUGCUGAGUUCAAGACGUUGCUGUAUGGCCUCUGCUUCUUCCAUGGACUGGUGCAAGAGAGGCGGAAUUUUGGGCCACUGGGCUGGAACAUCCCCUAUGAGUUCAAUGAGACUGACCUGCGCAUCAGCGUGCAGCAACUGCGCAUCUUCCUUGACCAGUACCAGGAGGUGCCCUACGAAGCUCUUCGUUAUAUGACUGGAGAGUGUAACUAUGGUGGCAGAGUCACUGAUGACUGGGACCGGCGGACGCUCCGCAGCCUGCUGAACAUGUUCUUCUCCCCAGAGCUCAUCACAAAUGCAGACUACAAAUUUGACCCAAGUGGCCUUUAUUUUGCCCCUCCUGAAGGAGAUUACCAAAGCUAUAUUGAGUACACAAAGACACUGCCCCUGAACCCUUCCCCAGAGGUCUUUGGAAUGAAUGCAAAUGCUGAUAUUACAAAGGAUCAGUCAGAAACACAGCUGUUAUUUGACAACAUUCUUCUAGCACAGUCUUGGGCAGCUGGUGGCGGUACAAAAUCCACAGAUGAAGUUGUUUAUGAAGUCACAGGUGACAUCCUGAGUAAACUUCCUCCCAAUUUUGACACCGAAGCAGCAAUGAGAAGGUACCCAACCACUUACACUCAAAGUAUGAAUACUGUGCUUGUCCAAGAGAUGGGGCGCUUCAACAAGUUGCUGCAGACCAUCCGGGACUCCUGUGUCAACAUCCAGAGAGCAAUCAAGGGGCUAGUGGUGAUGUCUGCUGAACUGGAGGAAGUGGUGAACAGCAUUCUGAAAGGCAAAAUUCCAGCACUGUGGAUGACGAAGUCUUAUCCAAGCCUCAAGCCUCUGGGAGGCUAUGUGAUUGACUUCCUUAACAGGCUGAAGUUCUUACAGCAGUGGUAUGAAAAUGGAACUCCACCAGUCUUCUGGAUUUCAGGAUUCUUCUUCACUCAGGCAUUCUUAACAGGUGCCCAGCAGAACUAUGCCAGAAAAUACACCAUUCCAAUAGACCUACUAGAGUUUGACUACCAAGUGCUGGAAGAUAAAGAAUAUGAAACAGCUCCUGAGGAUGGGGUCUACAUCCAUGGACUGUUCCUGGAUGGAGCACGCUGGAACAGGCAAACUAAGAAGCUAGGAGAAUCCCAGCCGAAAAUCCUCUAUGAUGCAGUACCUGUGAUAUGGCUGAAGCCCUGCAAGAGAGCUGACAUUCCACAGCGGCCAAGCUACCUGGCCCCAUUGUACAAGACCAGUGAGAGAAGAGGGGUCCUGUCCACCACUGGGCACUCUACCAACUUUGUGAUGGCAAUAACUCUGCCCUCAGACAGACCGCAAGAACACUGGAUCAGACGUGGCGUGGCCUUACUGUGCCAGCUUAACUCAUAA